AAUCUAUUCUGUGCCUCCUAGCCCUAUGGUCAUGGAAAGUAUACAUUCUUGGAUUGAACCAUGUGAAUUGUAGAAGUAGAUACCAAAAGUACCAGAACAUCACACGUGAUAUAGGCUCACUUUUGGGUCAUCUACUUCAUCAUACAAAAUCAACCAUCAUUUCUGCAAAAAGAAGUAAAAUCUUUUGGUGAAAAAUUAGCAAAGAUGAUUCAACUUUUGUUUACAAUUGUAUUGGCGGAAAUGGCACUGAUUAUGACCCUUUUGUUUUGGACCCCGCUAAGGAAGCUAGUGAUCAUGGGGUUGGACCAGUUGAAGCAGGGAAGGGGUCCUUUGGUGACAAAGAGUGUGGGAGGGACACUGGUGGUGGUGUUUGGGUCUAGCAUAUAUAGUUUAAUGAAAAUCCAGAAACGUUCUACGGAUUCCGGCAUAGUUAAUCCAACUGAUCAGGUUCUCAUGGCAUAUCGUCAUCUAGAAGCGUGUCUUAUAGGGUUUUCCUUAUUCCUUGCGUUGAUGAUAGACAGACUACAUUAUUAUAUUAGAGAGCUCCAGCAUCUGAGAAAAAAUUUGGAAAUGACAAAGAAAUUAAGCCAGGAUUCUGAGCGACUGGAAAUGAGGAAAUUUGAGGAGGCGAAUAAGCCACAGGUUAAGCAGCUGGAAUCUGAAUCAAAACAAAGUCAAAACAGACAAAUGUCCUAGAAGCCAGCGCAAGGAUCAUAAAAGAAACAAUCAGGAAGAGGUUGUGGAGGGCCUUAUAGUUUGCUUGAAGUGUAAUAUAUCUCUCAUUAAGACCCAAUGUGGAUGUAUGUAUGUUUA